AUGGUCAAAGCAUUAAUUGCAGUUACAUCUUACAACGAGGUUUUCUAUGACGAUGGAGCCAAAACUGGGCUAUUCGUUAGUGAGGCCUUACACCCAUUUUUGGUUUUUAAGGAACAAAACUUCGAUGUGGACUUUGUUUCCGAAACCGGUACUGUGGGCUACGAUGAGCAUUCUCUUAGUCCAGACUUUUUGAAUGGUAAGGAUGCUGAAGUGUUCAAUGACAAGAAUUCCGAUUUCAACGUCUCAAUCUCCCAGAUUAAGAAAGCUUCGGAUGUGAACGCAGAUGAGUACAAAAUUGUCUAUUUUGCCGGUGGUCAUGGUACCGUGUAUGAUUUCCCUCAAGCUACUGGCUUGCACAAAAUUGCCCAACAAAUCUGGAAGUCGAAUGGAGUGGUGGCUGCAGUUUGUCAUGGUCCGGCUAUUUUUGAUGGAUUGAACGACCCAGAAAAUCCAAACAAGUUAUUGGUCGAGGGAAAGACUAUAACAGGGUUUACUAACGCUGGUGAAGAGAUCAUGGGUGUUGUUGAGACAUUAAAAAAGAAGAACUUGGGCUCUAUUGAGAAUUUGUCUUCAAGCUUGGGUGCAAAGUUCAGUCCACCAUCAAGUCCCUUCGAAGAACAUUCAAUUGCUGAGGGAAGACUUGUUACAGGUUCAAAUCCAGCAUCUGCUAGCUCUACUGCUGUUAAGGCUAUCAAUGCAUUGUCCUCAUAA